AUGGCUGACACCCAUAACGCUCUGGCAGGACCGUCUACCCCACGAUGCAAGACGCCGACACGCAAGAGAAGAAUCAGAGCAUCCAUCACGAAUGAGUUCUCGGUCAAACGACAGCGGAUAUCUAUUGGUCCUAUAGAUAUUGCCACUGAGCCAAUACCAAAGAACGAAUAUGCGGACGUCAAUACAGAACCUAGAUCCGACCGGUUCAUUUCCACCCGCCCCGACAUACUCUUUCCCAUCAAUACUACACCUCGAACGAACAGAGUAGCGCAGAUGCUCGGUCUUGCGGAUGACCGGUUUCUGAACUUUACCGACUCGACGUCAGCACCCCCAGACAAGAUGAUGCUCUCCCUCCGUCGUUCCGCCUCCCAACUCUUCCACACACCCGCCACCCUUUCACCCACGUCAUCUCUCUCCCAUCUCGCCAAGCGUCGACAAUUUAUCCUCGCUCUCGAUGGCCCAGGCAUCCCACAAGACCCGUGGGCAUAUCCCCUCUCAUGGUCGAAGAAGAACGUCAUCGCCGUCGCGUGUGGUCACGAUAUUUACUACCAAAACCUCGACACCCGGGAGAUCGCUCACUUAUGCAAUUUGCCUCGUUCGACUAUGGGUCGUAUACGAGCUCUCGAAUUCGCGGAGGAUGUAGCGAGCUGUAACCUGGUGGCGCUGGGUACGACGACCGGGUCUGUACAGGUGUGGGAUACGGGUGAAGAGAAGAAGAGGAUCAGGUUGUGGUCGGAUGCGAAUUGGGCUGGCGCAACGGUGGUAAGCUGGAAGGGUGCGAAGAGUCAGGAAUUUGUUGUUGGGAGGCAUGAUGGAAAGAUGUCGUUGUACGAUGUGAGGGUGGAGAAGGAGUUGAGCGGGUGGAAGGGGCAUAAAGGAGAUGUGUUUGGUGCCAAGUGGAGUGAGGAUCAGAGGUUCUUGGCGAGUGUGGAUAAUAGAGGGACGGUACUUGUUUGGGAUUCGAGGAAUAUGAGCACGAAGUUGGCAAAAAUGAGGCAUAUAGGUCCAGCUAAGGCUCUCGCAUGGUGUCCUUGGAAACCCGACCUGCUCGCCACUGCGGGGACCUAUCCAGACGGAACCAUCAAGAUCUGGUCAGCAUCCAACUUCAACUCUCCAUCCCUCUCCGCCUCCUCUUUCGCAUCCGCCUCUUCUUCCAACCUAGCCUCCACCUCAACACAUCACACCGGCUCCAUCUGCCCGACGCCUCUUAGCACCAUAACAGUCAACUCCUCAAUUUAUUCCCUUCACUGGUCCCCUCACUGCAAAGAGCUCCUCUCAGUGCACGGUCUCUCCUGGCUCGCAUCACCCUUCUCUUCUUCCCCCUCCAACGACCUCAAUAAUACCCACAUAGCCUCAGCCUCCUUAGCAAACACUCCAAUCCAGCCCGCCCCCUCCGCGCUCACGAACUCGAUAACGGUCCAUUCGUGGCCGAACUGUAAGAGGCUUGUGAGCGUGACGGCGCAUAGCGGGACGGUGGGGCAGAGCUGUUUGAGUCCGGACGGCACGAUGGUGUUUACACUCUGUUAUAGGGAGGAGGCGAUGAAGAUGUGGAAGGUUUGGGGGGAGAGGGGGAAAGGCGGGCCGGGGGAAGAGGGGACAAGGAGGGCGUUCGAGAAAUUUAGUAUCCGGUGAUGAGGUCUUGGUUGCUUGUUCCAGCUCACUCUUUUCGGUCGUUUGGGUGAUCUUUUCGUCUUGUUUAUUGGUGGUUUCUUGAUCAUUUAUAGUAGAAAGGAUAGUAGUAUUAUGUGCGUGUGUAUGUGUGGCGGGGUAUCAAAAGUCGAAGUCUUGCUUUCGUUCAGUGUAUCUUGCUUUCGAAAGUUGUGUACUUAUCUGAACUCAUAUAUCUCCCCUCCCUUGUUUAUCGGUUCCUUACUCAUUUCUUUUGUUUGUGCUGUCUUGACACGAUCUCCCUCUUCUCGAGUUCACUCCCGCUCUCGAUUUUCUUGCCUUCUCUUGUACAUGUUCUCCUUUUUCUUUUGGCAGCCCGUCGGUCCAUGACUGCAGUGGCUUUUCUUGUAAUCGUGUUACUACCGUUACAGUACAUACUCGUACGGGUGUAGAUCUUUGUCUUAGGUGUCUU